CUUCGUGAAGCUCUUUCCGGUUGUGCCUCGAUCGUCGACUCCGGACCCGAGACCUCUCGGCCAGACGGAUUGUCCACCGCCUGGUUUGGCACCAGUUCACCCGGUCUCGCCGUUCCCUCCAAUCUAUCGGGUCCCCGCGAGCCCUCCGCUUUGUCCAGUAGGGCUGGCACUGACAUUGGCAGUGAGCAACUCGUCACCGAGGUUACCGAUGCCUCUCUCGGGCCCGCCGGAGGCCCGACUUCAACUCGGCCUCAUCAUCCGGUGCAGUUGUUGCGUCUGUUGCAUCGUCUCGAGGCGAUGGAGGUGCGCGCCGACCAGCUGGCCGGUUCUGUUGGCCAGUUGAAGCGUCAGCUGACCGCGCCUUCAGCCGGCCUUGUAGACCCAGCCUCAUUGGUACAAGAAAAUGGCGUCGGACCAAGCUCAAAUGUCGGUCCUGUUGUACCGGCGGCAGGCAGGACAGAUGUGCGCGCCAGAUACAUGAUGGCCGUCAAGGUGAGUGCUCCGGCUCUGGCCAGCAGUUUGUGCGAAGAAAUGUUGGCUUUCGAGGCUCCACAUGAUUUGUCAGUGAUGAGUUCACUUCCACUUUGCCUAUUCCUCUUGACCCGCUCUCGAUUGGCUUUACUAGAGCAUUCUAGUUGCUGCUCUCCCUAA